AUGGACAUCACGGAGGUCACGGUGGUGCACCACGCCGCGCUCGUGCUGGCAGCGCUCUGGGCCGCCGCGUCCGCUGGCUGGGCGCACCCGGCGCUCUUCCUCGUCGCGCUCCUCUACAUCUUCGCGGUGAAUGAAAGGUACACAAUGAGACUGAGGAGGAGGCUACAGUACGAGGAGAGGAAAUGCUCUAACCAGAGAAAGCUUCUCUCUGAUGCAGAAACUGUAAGGUGGUUAAAUUAUGCUGUGGAAAAGAUUUGGCCAGUUUGCAUGGAGCGGGUUGCAUCCCAGCAGUUCCUUUUGCCCAUAUUCCCGUGGUUCCUAGAGAAGUUCAAACCAUGGACGGCAAGGAAAGCAGUUAUCCAAAGCCUUUACCUUGGUAGGAACCCGCCAAUGUUUACAGAUAUUAGGGUUGUUAGACAAUCAACUGAUGAUGAUCACUUGGUUCUGGAGAUAGGGAUGAAUUUUCUUGCAGCUGACGAUAUGGAUGCUCGAAUGGCUGUGCAACUAAGGAAGAGAGUAGGAUUUGGCAUAACAGCAAAUAUGCAUAUAACUGGGAUGCAUGUUGAAGGGAAGGUUCUGGUAGGGGUGAGGUUUCUGCAACAGUGGCCAUUCAUUGGGCGUGUAAGAGUGUGCUUUGUUGAGCCUCCAUACUUCCAAAUGACAGUGAAACCUUUAUUCGGUCAUGGGCUUGAUGUAACUGAGCUCCCAGGAAUUUCUGGAUGGCUUGACAGGAUGUUGGAUGUUGCGUUUGGACAGACCCUUGUUGAGCCAAACAUGCUAGUUAUUGAUCUGGAGAAGUUUGCCUCGGAACCAACAGAGAACUGGUUUAGUGUUGAUGAGAAGCCACCUAUUGCACAUGCUCGGGUGGAGAUCCUGGAAGGUGCUGACAUGAAGCCAUCCGAUCCAAACGGACUAGCUGAUCCAUAUGUGAAAGGCCAUCUUGGACCCUACCAUUUUCAGACGAAGAUCCAUAAGAAAACUCUUAACCCGAAAUGGCUCGAGGAGUUUAAAAUACCAAUCACUUCAUGGGAAGCACUCAAUCUUCUUUCUCUUCAAGUCCGAGAUAAGGAUCCCAUCUUUGAUGACACUCUGGGUGAUUGUUCCAUAAGCAUCAACAAAUUAAGAGGUGGACAAAGGCAUGAUAUAUGGAUUUCACUGAAGAACAUAAAGACAGGGAGGAUUCACAUUGCAGUAACUGUGCUUGAAGAAGAAAAUGAAAAGGUUCUUAAUGAUGAAGAGGAGCAGGGUGGAACACCCAAAGUGGGCAAAGCUAGCACACCGAGGUCAAGCUUUUCAUCGAGGACCAAUAACGAAAGUGAGUCCUCCGAGGAAUUCCAGAAGAUGUCUGAUGAAUUUGAGCCUGUUGACAUUGAAGGGUCAGAAAAGCCUGAUGUUUGGGUACAUCGCCCGGGCAGCGACGUCACUAGUACAUGGGAGCCCCGGAAAGGCCGUCCUCGGUGCCAGGAUUCCAAAAUCCAGCGGGAGAAUGAUGCUUGCAGCGAUAGCCCAAGGUCAUCAGUGUCAGAAUCUCAAAGAAGCGACUCCAGUACCGAAGAACCCACGGGUGGUAGAUCGCACCGUCACCUCCGCAAGGUCAAGAAGGGUUUGGGCAAGCUAGCUGGAGCAGUGUUCCAUCGGAGCCCCAAGAAUGAGACCGAUGAUGACGCUUCCCCAUGCGUGACACCCCACCCAAACAUUCAGCCUGUUGGAGAAAGCAGGGUGUCAGUAACAUAUGUGGUCGAUCAAGAUCCUGGGAGCAACAGAAAGGGUACGGUAACAGAUGAGGAGCAGCACUCAAGCCCUGAGAGGGAGGAGCCGAACAGUCCGACCAAGAGGCACCUGAGGAAGAAGGCAGCUCACAUGGUCAAACAUGCGGGCAAAACCACCGCCCAUAACCUGAAGAGCAUGUUCAGCAGGAAGGGCCUAGAUAAGAGCAAGGAAGAGUGCCAAAAUGAUGAGGAAGGUGAUGUGGUUGCGAUGAAAAUAACGGGAUGGCAGCUGAUCCUCCUGUACCGAGCAACGAUGCCGUAGAUGCGCCAGAGUCUGUAGCUGAUGGCAAAGACAAGGUGCAGUGAAACGUAGUCUGUGUUCUGCUGUAUAUGCAAAUAGCCAUGGUCUGAGCCUGCGUAGGAUGGUAGGUACUAGUUACCACUUACCAAAUAGUCCCCUAGCAACCAACAUAGACAUACAACAGGAUAUAAGGCGUUAAGAAAAAAAAAAGACAUAGACGUCAGAUCUUGAGAAGUGCUAGGCUGGUCGUCGAGGGUUCCUGAGUGUCCUUGAUCUAUAUGGUUUCUGUUGUGUAUUCAGGACUCGAGGAACUUGUGUAAAUACAUGUAGAUUUUGGAAGAGUUCUUUUAUGGCUCAAUUGAAUCCAAGAGUUCCAAGUUUAGCGCAUGUCAGCCUAACAGGUGGCAACAGUUUCUUGGAACAAGUACAAACACGAAAUCAAGUAUGUCAAAUUUGUUGUGUA